GGGAUUUGCAUUGUCCAUCCCAGCAGCCCCACCGUGUUUCCAGGCGGGGGAGCCCCUUCACCAGAGCCCCUUCCCCCCUUCCAGAGCACCGAGCCCCGCCGAACCCCGGAGGAGGAGAGGCACGCCGAGGAUGUAAGAUGGCAGAACUACAAAUGCUAUUAGAGGAAGAGAUUCCGGCUGGUAAAAGAGCUCUUGUGGAAAGCUACCAGAAUCUGUCGAAGGUAGCGGAAUACUGCGAGAACAACUAUGUCCAGGCCCAGGACAAACGCAAAGCCCUGGAGGAGACCAAGGCUUACACCACCCAGUCCCUGGCCAGCGUGGCCUACCAGAUCAACGCCCUGGCCAACAAUGUGCUGCAGCUGCUGGACAUCCAGGCCUCGCAGCUCCGCCGCAUGGAGUCCUCCAUCAACCACAUCUCCCAGACGGUGGACAUUCAUAAAGAGAAGGUUGCCAGGCGAGAGAUCGGCAUCCUAACCACCAAUAAGAACACAGCGCGCACCCACAAGAUCAUCGCCCCUGGCAACAUGGAACGUCCGGUGCGCUACAUCCGGAAGCCAAUUGACUACACGCUGCUGGACGACGUGGGACACGGCGUCAAAUGGCUUAAGGCCAAGCAACAGGGGAACAACGCAGCCGGACGAGGGGGGACGCUGUCCAGGACCAACCCCCCCACACAGAAGCCCCCCAGCCCUCCCAUGGCGGGCCGCGGCACCCUGGGGCGCAACACCCCCUACAAGACCCUGGAGCCAGUAAAGCCCCCUGUGGUGCCUAACGACUACAUGACCAGUCCAGCGCGCCUGGGCAGCCAGAACAGCCCCGCACGCACAGCCUCGCUCAACCAAAGGCCCCGCACCCACAGUGGCAGCAGUGGGGGGAGUGGCAGCAGGGAGAACAGCGGCAGCAGCAGCGUUGGCAUUCCUCUGGCGGUUCCCACUCCCUCCCCCCCCAGCAUGGGCCAAGUGGCCCCUGUUUCCACGGCAGUGCCCCAGGGGCCCGGCUUGGGCCCCAUCCCCAUGUCCCAGUUCGGCACAAUCUCGCGCCAGGUGUCUCGCCAUAACUCGUCCUCCACCACCUCCUCCGCCUCCAUGGUGUCGGCCACGGGCACCUACCGCCGCGCCCCCUCCCUCAACUCCCAGUUCUCCAUCUCCCAGCAGCCCCACCUCAACGGAGGCCCCGUCUACCCCCCCAACCCAGUUGCUGUGGCUCCUCCCCCUCCUCCCAUGGUGCAGUUGACUCCCCAGAUCCCCCUGACUGGUUUUGUGGCCCGCAUGCAGGAGAGCAUAACAGACAGCCCGCCCCCGCCGCCCCCCCCUCCCCCGGUGGACAUGGCCCUGUUCGAGGAGCCCUCGCCCCCCCCGCCCCCCCCGCCUGUGGACUACGAGGAGGAGGAGGCGGAGGCGGCCGUGGUGCACUACAACGACCCAUACGCCGACGGAGACCCCCAGUGGGCCCCCAAGGUCUACCUGGAGAAAGUGGUGGCCAUCUACGACUACUCCAAGGACAAGGAGGACGAGCUGUCCUUCAUGGAGGGCGCCAUCAUCUACAUCAUCAAGAAGAACGACGACGGCUGGUACGAGGGCGUGUCCGGCGGCGUCACCGGCCUCUUCCCCGGCAACUACGUGGAGUCCAUCAUGCACUACGCCGACUAGACCCCGACCAGCACCCCUCUAUAUAGUGAAGGAAGCCGAUUGGAUCUGUACAGGAUGAUGAGACCGUAGCAGUUUAUAAAGCCUCCCCAACGGAGAGUCAAGUGCCAUGUGAAGUCAGGUUAUGAUUACAACCCCACCCGAAACAUCCCACCUCCACACCCCAAAAAAAAACAGAGAGGGAACCAGUGAGACUGGUGGUUUUCUAGUGUGCGACUCAACACUCUUCAUUCCCUGAAUGAGCGAUGUGGAGGAGAAGGAAAAUAUGACAAGUAUUUUAUAUAUUUACAGUAAUUAACCGGCAAUUUAACUGUAUUGACAUAAUUACUGUUGGGACAUGUACCUGAAGAAGUGUGUCCUUUGUUUUAUUUUGAAGUUCUGUAACGUCCUCCAUGGUCAUUCUAGAGCGUCACGUCUGCUCACCCCUCUAGUGAAAAAAACGACAUCUAUUUUGGUUUUUACAAAAAAGAAUGAAAUGACAAGACAAACACGAAACUUAAAGAAAAACAAAAAAAGAAACUAAAGUCAUGCAAGUGACGUUCGGAAGACAAAAAAGAAACAAAGAAGAAGAAAAGCACUGCGUGGCAGAUUUAUUUCACACUCCAGGGAAACACAAUAACAUGAAAAAACCUGUUGAGGGCGUCUUCUACUAUCUGGUGAAGUCUGUCUCUGUUAAGAUACUUUGCGUGUGUGCGUACUUUGUACCGUGAGAUGCUGUCAUGGCGUUUGUCAGUAGUGUGUGUGUGUGUGUGUCUUCUACCUGUAGUUCACCAUCGACCUGAACGCAUCGAGCGGUCGGCGGCUUCUCAUUUCUGUUACGAUUAGUGAUGGAUAAUUUAUCUGAAUGCGCUUCGGUCAGUGACGAUUCCAGUGCCAUUUUAACAUGAGAAGAGUUCUCACAUGCUGAACGUUUUGAUUUCAUCUUUGUACUAUGAAGGACAUUCAAUGCUGUCUGUUUAAUUUUGUCGAGUUAGGUGCCAGUGUGACGCUCCGGUUAGCAUGUCCCCCCCUGUCUCCCCCUCCAUGUCCCAGAGACUCACAGGCCUGAUGUAAGGACUAACAGGCCUGAUGUUAGGCCCUAUCCCCCCCAUCAGAGGGACGUUCAGGCCUGCCUGAUGUUAACACGUACAGGACAGAUGUUAGGACUAACACCCUGAUGUUAGGACUAACACCCAGAUGUUAGGACCAACACCCUAAUGUUAGGACUAACAGGCCUGAUUUGAGGAAUAACAGGCCUGAUGUGAGGACUAACACCCUGAUGUUAGGACUAACAGGCCUGAUGUGAGGACUAACACCCUGAUGUUAGGACUAACAGGCCUGAUGUGAGGACUAACACCCUGAUGUGAGGACUAACACCCUGAUGUGAGGACUAACACCCUGAUGUGAGGACUAACACCCUGAUGUUAGCACUAACACCCUGAUGUUAGGGCUAACAGGCCUGAUGUUGGGCUGUCCACUCCUUUGAUGACUUGGGUUUUCAGUUAGAUGGGAUCUAUUCAAGCUGUUCUCCAGUGGGCCCAAACACUUCAUUUUCUAUUCUGAGAAGCAGUUCCUGCUAAGGUGCUUUGAGGAGAACCUGGUGCUCAACAUGACCACCGACCACAAGAACCUCAACCCAAGGCUGUUGAACUGGUCUCUCCUUACUCAUGAAGUCUGUUUCAGCUGUCGUAUUGUUUGGUAUUGAGGGGUGACCCAUCAACAGUGUUGAAUGUAACCUUAUUAUCAUUUGUAUUAAACCAUCUUAACCGUAGUCAGGCCAUCUGUGUGUUAUAUGCACCUAAUGUACUACAGUUAGAUACAUUGUCGGUUUUCAUUGUCUUUUUAUUAUUUUUUACUGAAAUCAAUAGAUUGUUCAACAUGCGAAUGAAAGCAAGCAUAUCCUGAUUUUAACAUUAUCAUAUAUGAGUUGCAUUUUUUGGGAUGGAAUCGAUUUAAACCGUAGAAAUCAUACAGCUUAUGGAACCGAUGAGUGAAUUUCACAAAGUGAUGCGGAUGUUUUGAACCUUGAAGCAACUUCUGCAUGACAUGACCGUGACACGCUGACACUCACCAUUCGUCUUAGGCGUUUUUAACAAAAUAAACAUCAAUAUUUGGAUGAAUGUGUACUCGGCAUUUAGGGUUCACUCAUCUGUCGAUGGGAGGAGUUCAAAUCUAGUAGCUGUAUCGUACAUUCAAAGAGAAUCCCUCAAACGAAACAAUGGAAGACCAUGUAUUUCACUGGCUUGUUGACCAGUGUCAUCAGCUUUUUGUGUGUGAUGAACGUAUUGAAAGACUCACAGCUGGUGAUCCUUGUCCUCUACAUCAUCAACACGCUCUAUUCAACCGUUUCUUACGUUUCCUUCCAGGGCUAUUUGGCAUUUUUGUGGAACAAACAAAAUCAAAUAAUUUUUCUGUGACACAUUUCUAGCAAUGCAUUGGUUUCUCCUCCUUUCUUUAUUAUUUGAGUCCUACACUGCUGGGGAAGGUCUGCUUGCAGCUGUAUGUCAAUGGUUUAUUUAUUCUUUGGUUUCCUAGAGGUGAUGUUGACCCCUGGCUGAACGAUGUAAUGUUUACCACUAACCUGUGAGCUGACGUCACAGGCUCGCCUGCUCUUGCGUGUGUUUCUUUUCUUAUGACGAAAACGUGGAGAAAAGAGAAAAAACUAAAACCAAUAAACUGAUCUGUGACUUUGUUCUUAUUGGGAACAGAAUGCGUAGAUUUCUUGUCUUUCCUCCACUCAUGUACAUACAGUAUGUUCAUGGAAAUUUAUGUACAGUCCUUUUGUAAUAAACAGCCCUUAAAAACGGUGAA